AUGUCCCUCCUAGAGACCAAGCGCAAACUGGAGGACGACCACAACGAGCAGCCCCGGAAGUAUGGCCCUGGAGGAACGGUUUCUUGGCUGCCAGCGAUACGGUCGCAGCCGAGCUCACGACGAGCGAGUGAGCAGGUAGAGGCAUAUGGCGACCCCUAUACGUUGGCAACGUCGUUGCGGGAACUGCAAUCUAACCGCGGCUCCCCGGUUCUCUUCGAUAAUGGCCUCUUGCAGACUCCGCGCAUCUUUACUCCCAAGUCAUCGAUCGUCCUCAUCGGUAUUCGAGGCACCGGAAAGUCCAGCCUGGCUGUCAUUCUGGCGGCUACCACGGGCCGCCGACUGAUCGACUCGGACCGAUAUUUUCACCAGGUGACUGGAUGCUCCCGUGCUACAUUCAAGAGGGAUAACGACCAUGCGGUGUACCGACAACAAGAAGCGCGAGUCUUCGAGUCGAUGCUAUCGGAUAAUCAAGAAGGAUGUGUUAUUGCUUGCGGAGCUGGGUCAAUGGAGCGCAGUGGCCAGAGCCUGCUGAGAGAAUAUGCGCAGACGCAUCCUGUCAUCCAUGUCAUCCGAGACCCAGAGAGCAUUCAGUCGUAUCUCAAAGCUUGGGAUAUCCAAAAAGUGCGACACUUUCUUGAACUAUCGGGGCCGAUAUAUCGAGGCUGUUCCAAUAUGGAAUUUUUCAACCUCUCGGAGACCAUCAACCGCAGCGGCGCACAGCCAGUCAAAGAUGGCCAUGACCCAUCACCGGAACCCAAACUCGACCAGCGAGCACAGACACCAACGCCCUUCUUAACCCUUAAAAGAGUUCAGCGCGAUUUUCUCAGUUUCAUCGCUUUCGUGACUGGCGAUCGUACAGAGAUGAGCCGCCAACAGGCUUCCUUCCCGUUGUCACUAUUGCCCGUUGAGACUCGGCGGAAUACAUUGGCACUGUCAGUUCCGUUCUCUGCUCUCUACGAGCGGGACCUGGAUAUCGAGGAACUUGAAUUCACUGUGGAUGCCUUUGAGCUCGUCAUAGACGUCACGAGCCCUUCCGGCCAGCCAGGUGCUGAUUCAAACUUGGCCGAUAGAAUCAGUCAAGUGGUGGCAACGAUACGCCGCAAUAUCAUUGUGCCGUUGAUGUACCACGUCGAAAGCUACAUUACUCCCGCGGGAUCUCUAUCGCCUGGUCAAAAAGCUCGUGUCAAUGAUGAUAUCUAUUUGACCCUUGUUCGACACGGCUUGCGUCUGGGCCCCAGUUUCCUGUCAGUGGACCUGACCCGUGACGAUGCCUUGUUGUCUCAGGUCAUCAAGUGCAGGGGAGCAACGAAAAUCAUCGGCCAUUUCGAGGCCUUCCAACCUUUACCCGGCGGCUGGGAUGGAGUCGAAUACAUGAACAUAUACGAGCGAGCAAAAAGGCUUGGAUGCAAUGUGGUGCGAAUCUGCCAGCCAGCCGAAACCAUGGAAGACAAUGAGGCCGUGCGAAGAUUCCGACAUCGAAUUGAAAGUCUUCCUGUGGCUGGUCUCCCACUUAUUGCAUACAACACAGGCCAUUUGGGUCGCAUGUCUCGCUGCUUUAAUCCCACCCUCACACCCGUCACACACCCAUCUCUCAUGCCCGAAACGCCUCCUCAAUUAUUUCCCACUAUCACCGCACGCGAUGCCCAACAGGCACUCUACAGUUCCUUUGCACUGGAUCCGAUGCAGUACUUUCUCUUUGGUGCGAAUGUCAACUACAGUAUGUCACCUGCGAUGCACAACACCGCAUUCAGGGUCUGUGGGAUGCCACAUCGCUAUACCAUCUUCCAGUGUCCCGAACUACGCGGAUUGAAUGAGCUGGUGGAAAAUCCGUACUUUGGUGGCUCCAGUGUCAGUCUUCCAUACAAGACAGAAGUCAUCCCUCUUCUCCAUUCAAUGUCACCGCAUGCCCGAGCGAUUGGUGCCGUCAACACGCUCAUUCCCAUCCGGAACAACGAGAUCUCCGAUCCCCGCCUUUCAGAAGAAUCUUCUAUACAUCUCGAAAAGACCCGUGCUGGACCAGUCAAGGGCUUACACGGAGACAACACUGAUUGGAUUGGAAUCUGCAAUUGUAUUCGCCGUGGUCUUUCUCCAGCAAACGCCGUGCGUCCGUCAACCACAGGCCUUGUCAUUGGAUCUGGCGGCAUGGCUCGCGCUGCGAUCUACUCCAUGAUUCAUCUUGGCGUGCAAAAUAUCUUUGUCUACAAUCGCACAAUCGCCAAUGCCAAGAAGCUAGCUGAUCAUUACAACCGGCAAGACUUGGUGUCGAGCGAACGAAGCCAGGAUCGACGCCCAAGGGUCAGCACUCUCAGCUCAUUGGAUGAGCCAUGGCCAGCGGUCUAUAAGCAACCAACGAUCAUCGUCUCCGGUAUUCCAGCUCACAGUAUUGGAGGCGAACCUGCGCCCAACUUUCAUGUACCGACGCAAUGGCUCGAGAGCCCAACGGGUGGUGUCGUCGUCGAUCUGGCUUAUAAACCCCUGAACACUCCGCUUAUGAAACAAAUUCGGGCUCUGUCCCACCGGGGCUGGGUAGCAUUGGACGGUCUCGACGUCCUCCCCGAGCAAGGCUUUGCCCAGUUCGAGCUUUUCACUGGUCGCCGCGCCCCCCGCCGACUCAUGCGGACCAUUGUCCUUCAGGAAUACGAGGAUGAUGAAGCACAUGAUGACCGCAAUGCUAUCCAAUAUAGGCUACGAAACCUCGAUGGGCAACCGACUUGA